UAGAGCUAGGCAACACCAACAGUCCGGUCCGGCAGCAUAUAGAGGCCUGCCCUGCCCACCGGCCGGCACAGACAUUACUACGCACACACCUUAGCUUGCUUGUAUCAUCAUAUAGUAUUUCAUUCCUGUUGCUGGAGCUAGCUACCUAGCUCAAUUUGCAUUGCAUUGGGGAAGAAACCAACAGGCAAUGCGUGAUGUGUUCAUCAUGCAAUGCAAUGCAACGGCUAACCAAUGAGUGACUGAAUGUGCACGCACGACAUGCAUGCCUCAGGUAGGCAGAUCGGUCGUUGGCGAUGGGUUUCAACCCUCCGGUGCCGCAGCAGGACAGCGACUGGGAGAUCCGGGCGGCCGUGCUGCUGAGCUUGGUCCUCCAGAUGUUCCUCAUCUUUGUAGGCCCCAUGCGCAAGCGCUCCUCGUCUCCGGUACCCCGUUUCAUCGUCUGGUCCUGCUACCUCCUCGCCGACUGGGUCGCCGACCUCGCCCUCGGCCUCCUCCUCAACAACAUGGGCAACAUCGGCGGCGGCGGCAACAACUCUUCCUCCAGCUUCGGCCUCAAGCGCGGCGGCGGCGGCGGCACCGCCGGCAACAACAACGCCAACAACGGCGGCGGCGGCGGCCCCAUCAUCUUCGCGUUCUGGACGCCGUUCCUGCUGCUCCACCUGGGUGGGCCGGAUACCAUCACCGCCUACUCGCUGGAGGACAACGAGCUGUGGCUCCGCCACCUCAUCGGCCUCCUCUUCGAGCUCUUCUCCGCCUGCGUCAUCUUCUUCUGCUCCCUGCACGGCAACCCGCUGAUCCACGCCACCGUGCUGGUGUUCGUGGUGGGCAUCAUCAAGUACGGGGAGCGCACGUACUCGCUCUACUCCGGCAGCGUGGACGGCUUCCGCAACAAGAUCCUGGACCCGCCGGAGCCCGGGCCCAACUACGCCAAGCUCAUGACGGAGUUCGACUCCAAGAAGAAGGCCGGCCUGGUGGUCGAGAUCGACAUAGCCAACGGUGAGGCCGAGCAGGCGCACGAGGAGAUGGAGAAGCAAGAGACCAAACGGCUGGUGCUGGACAGCAAAAAGACCGUGGAGGCCCGGGCGUACGAGUUCUUCCUCGUCUUCCGCCGGCUCUUUGUCAACGUCAUCCUCAGCUUCAAGGAGCGGCGACUGAGCCAGGCCUUCUUCCUGGAGCGGGGGACCACGACGCCCAAAGAGGCGUUCGAGGUGAUCGAGGUGGAGCUCAACUUCAUCUACGACAUGGUGUACACCAAGGCGCCCCUGGCGCACAAGAAGGUCGGGUGGGUCCUCCGCUGCAUCUGCUCCUGCUGCCUCGUCUCCGCGCUCGUCAUCUUCUUCUUCCUCGACAAGCCCGGGCACCAGAUCCUGCUCGUCGACGUCGGCAUCACGUACGCGCUGCUGCUGGGUGGGCUGUCACUGGAUGUGGUGGCGCUUCUCAUGAUCUUCUUCUCCAACCGCGCCAAGGUGUACCUGGAGGAGCGGUCGUCGCGGUUGGGGCUGGUGGGCUGGCUGGCGAAGCUGAGGCAGGCCACCAAGCGGUGGGAGACGCGGCGAUGGUCGGGGAAGACCUCGCAGCUCAACCUCAUCACGCACUCCCUGGGCAAGCCUGCCCAUGCCUGGUGCUGUCUCGGCCUCAACAAGGUUGCCGACUUCCUGGGCCUCGACGACAUCGUCGACGACUUCGUCUUCAUACGCCGCGUCUGGCUCACCAAGAGGGAGAAGAACAAGUUCUGCGAGCGGCUUCGCCGGGUUGUUCCCAAGUGCUGCAAUAAGGCGGGUGUACACGACAUGGACGACGACGACACGGAAUCACGUCUACUGGACUUCAUCUUCGAGGGUCUCAAAGGCGCGGCUCAGAAGCUGGACAAAAAGCACGAGAUCAUGGAGGUGUGCAGCCGCCGGGGCAAGGGUGUCAUCGACCGCCUUGAGAAGCGCAUCAAGGAUGGGCUCAAGGAUGGCGACGACGCCAAUCAUAACAAGGCCAACAAGUUCGACCUCAUCAUGGAGAGCGUGACGAUCAAGGACUUCGACGAGUCCCUGCUGCUGUGGCACAUCGCCACCGACCUGUGCCGCCACAAGGAUUGCGAAGGUCCGCUGGCGAAAGAAACCCCACGGUUUCGAGCCAUCGGCAAGACCCUGUCGGAGUACAUGCUGUACCUGCUCAUCAAGCAGCCGGACAUGCUGGCGGCGACGGCCGGCAUCGGCCUGCUCCGCUACCGGGACACGCGCGCCGAGGCGCAGAGGUUCUUCAACUCCAUGGCGGCGUGGAACCCUGACCACAACCACGAUGACGCGCGGAGCAUGCUGCUCAACGUCAACACCACGCGGAGGCCUGCGGAGGUGAAGGGCGACCGGAGCAAGUCGGCGCUGUUCGACGCGGUCAUCCUGGCCAAGGUGCUCCAGGAGCUGGACGAGACGCUCAUGUGGGAGGUCAUCACGGGGGUGUGGGGCGAGAUGCUGACGUACGCCGCGGGCAAGUGCCGGGGAAGCAUGCAUGUCCGGCAGCUCAGCCGCGGCGGCGAGCUCAUCACCCUCGUCUGGUUCCUCAUGGCGCACAUGGGGCUCGGCGACAUGUACCAGAUCCAGGAAGGGGACGCCAAGGCCAAGCUCAUCGUCAGAGACCAGUAGUAGCGUAGGAAUCUCAGCUCGCUCCUUGUCGUCUAUAUGUGUUCCCUUCUCUUCGUCUUCCAUUUACCACCGUUGCUGAUUUUAUAGAGGGUCACUGAGUGUUAUAUUAUCACACUGAUUAUCUUAUUCGGUUGUUUGUCACUGGUCGUCAGCUAAGACCACAAUAAAAGUAUAUUUUUAUACAUACUCAUCGUUACUAAA